UCCUCCUGGCUUCUUCCGCCCCUCCGCCGAAGCGGGGUCGCCACCGCGGGUUCCUCCACUUUGCGAGCCUCCCUUCUUGGGCUCCUCAUUCCGCUGCGGCGGGCGGGCGAGCGGGGGGCGGCGGCGACAGCGGCAGCGGCGGCGGCAGCGAGCGCGAUGCUGAGUUCCCGGGCGCAGGCGGCGAGGACGGCGGCCGACAAGGCCCUGCAGCGCUUCCUGCGCACCGGGGCGGCCGUCAGAUACAAAGUCAUGAAGAACUGGGGAGUGAUCGGUGGCAUUGCCGCUGCCCUGGCAGCAGGGAUCUAUGUUAUUUGGGGUCCCAUUACAGAGAGGAAGAAGCGGAGAAAAGGGCUUGUGCCCGGCCUUGUCAAUCUGGGGAAUACCUGCUUCAUGAACUCGCUGCUGCAGGGCCUGUCUGCCUGCCCUGCGUUUGUCAAGUGGCUGGAAGAGUUUACCACCCAGUACUCCAGGGACCAGCAGGGGCCACACACUCACCAGUGCCUGUCCUUAACACUGCUGAGCCUCCUGAAAGCUCUGUCCUGCCAAGAAGUCACCGAGGACGAGGUCUUGGACGCCAGCUGUCUGCUGGACGUCCUGAGAAUGUACAGAUGGCAGAUCUCAUCCUUUGAGGAGCAGGAUGCUCACGAGCUGUUCCAUGUCAUCACCUCGUCACUGGAGGAUGAGAGAGACCGCCAGCCUCGAGUCACCCACUUGUUUGAUGUGCAUUCCCUGGAGCAGCAGUCAGAAAUGACUCCCAGACAAGUCACCUGCCACACGAGAGGGUCCCCUCACCCCACGACCAAUCACUGGAAGUCUCAGCACCCUUUCCAUGGAAGACUCACCAGUAACAUGGUGUGCAAACACUGUGAACACCAGAGUCCUGUCCGGUUUGACACCUUUGACAGCCUUUCCCUCAGUAUUCCAGCUGCCACUUGGGGGCACCCACUGACACUGGACCACUGCCUUCACCACUUCAUCUCAUCCGAGUCCGUGCGAGACGUUGUGUGUGACAACUGUACAAAGAUUGAAGCAAAGGGGACACUGACCGGGGAGAAGGUGGAGCGCCAGAGGAGCACCUUUGUUAAACAGUUAAAACUCGGAAAGCUGCCACAGUGCCUCUGCAUCCACCUGCAGCGGCUCAGCUGGUCCAGCCACGGCACGCCCUUGAAGCGGCAUGAGCACGUGCAGUUUAACGAGUUUCUGAUGAUGGACUUCUACAAGUACCGCCUCCUGGGACACAAGCCCAGCCAGCAUGGCUCCAAAGCCACUGAGAACCCAGGAUCUGCCCCGGAAGUACAGGAUGCACAGGCGUCCCCAAAGCCAGGUCUGAGUCAGCCAGGGGCCCCCAAGACACAGAUUUUUCUGAAUGGCGCCUGCUCCCCGUCUCUGUUGCCAGCCCUGCCUUCCCCGGUGGCCUUCCCUCUGCCAGUGGUUCCUGACUACAGCUCCUCCACAUACCUCUUCCGCUUGAUGGCAGUUGUCGUCCACCAUGGAGACAUGCACUCUGGACACUUUGUUACCUACAGACGGUCACCACCUUCUGCCAAGAACCCUCUCUCAACCAGUAACCAAUGGCUGUGGAUUUCCGACGACACCGUCCGCAAGGCCAGCCUGCAGGAGGUCCUGUCCUCCAGCGCCUACCUGCUGUUCUAUGAGCGAGUUCUGUCCAGGGUGCAGCAGCAGGGGCGAGAGUAUAGGUCUGAGGAGUGACAGGCCAGCCCAGAGCCAGGGCCCAUGGUGAGGUCCACACUGUCCAGAAUAAAAGCAAAGGCAUGCCACGUGUACACGUGCAAGCCAGCCCUCUAGAGCCCUCAGCCUUCUGUGUAUUCUGAGAGCAGGCUCCACAAGGGAGCCAGACCCACACAGCACUGCCGGGGUGAACUAGAAGAUGUCCUUGUGUGUCUAGAGCAUCUUACCUGACACAGGCAAUGAAAAGAAGCAGAUCCCAGAAGCCACCUUUUCUCUGCUGUAAUAUGCUAGGUGUUCUCAGAGGGCUGCCUUUGGCUAGCCCCUGACAUUUCACCAUAGAUACUUAUUUUUAAUAAGGAGGCCCGUAAAUAUUAUUGACAAGAAUUAGUGAAAUUAUUAAAGGCAACAAUUGAGAAGAAAAAGUGCCUUUGUUUCCCAUUGUUGUGAGACCAAGCGUGACCUGAGAGUCACAGCUGUGACGCUGGGAAAGCCUUGUCCUUCCAGGCUCCUCAGAGGCCAAAAGAAUAGUUCAAGAAUGCCUAAAACAGUGUGGUGGCUCAACCUGGCAUCCCAGCACGUGGAGACUGAGGCAGGAGGAUCACUGCAAGUUCUAGGCCAGCCUGGGCUCCAUCAUUAAAACCUUAUCUCCUCCCAAAGCGUCAAGAACACCUCCCCACCUUUGGGAAUGCCUUUUGUAGUCUUGAGUUCCCUGUGUCGUCAAAGUCACUUGCUAAGCCCACAGAGGACAAGAAGUGAUAGCCUCUUCCUGAGCUGUGUCAUCUGCACCUCUGAUCCGCUACGGAAGAUGGCUCUCUUCCUGUUAGUAGUUGCCCACGACAGGGUUUACAGGCCAGAACCUGGGCAGGGUGACCUGACAGCUGGGGUAGGAAGAGCGGGUCCUAACCCAGGGUGGCGGUCUCUCUGGACCUUGCUUUCUCAGUCAGCCUACGGUAAGGACGGAAGCGGCAUGAUAUCUGAGCAAAGGUGGAGCAAAAUUCUGCACUUUGGCUUUAGGGCCAUGCUCUAAGAGUGUGUGACUCUCAUGGUUUCGUUAAGCAAAAGGUACACUGGGCCUCUCCCCUUUCCAGACUAGCCUCAUGAACAGCCAGGGACAGGAAUCGUGAUGGCACUGACGUACCUAGAUGUUAGCUAAGUGUGUAAUUAAAAAAAAAAAAAAGAUACCAAAUUCAAACUGACUCUUCUGGUCUAAGGUUUGGAACCUGACCUAGCCAAAGGUCACUUAAGGCCAAGGACGUGUUUUCUCUGCUGGGGGUGAGCUGGCAGACAUUCCAGAUGUGCCUAGGCAUCAGCUAUGAGAUCAGAUCUCACUGUGCAUACUGAGGACUUGAGACUCCGAGACUAUGCUGUGCUGGACUCCACGACACAGCAGCCCCACAGACCUGGCUUCCGGGCUGAGAUGAACACAAAAGCAGGCAGUCACUUGUGACCUCAGAGCACUGUGUAGGGCUGUGGGCCCCAGGCACCAGUCCUGCUGCUCCUGAGGUGGCCGGGAGGACAAUUGUGUGCGUGAGCCAAGGCUGUAGAUGUGUCACCCUGACCGAGCGCUAAUGUCCUUCCUCAUUUUGUAAAUUAUUACAUUAGGUAAUGACCAAAUGAUGGCUCCUAGUUUUAAGUUAUUCACAGUAGGCAUCUUCUUCCUGGAGAAACUUUUAAGUUAAGCUAGUACUUACGCCGUAGGCUGCGAGUGUGGAUUUGCUAAAGCCUUUGUAUCUGCUGUGUACUAUUGCAAUAAAGAUGGUUUUGUUAGGAAACACCCAA